AUGGUACCUGAUGAACUUUUCUCUAUGGUACCUGAUGAACUUUUCUCUAUGGUACCUGAUGAACUUUUCUCUAUGGUACCUGAUGAACUUUUCUCUAUGGUACCUGAUGAACUUUUCUCUAUGGUACCUGAUGAACUUUUCUCUAUGGUACCUGAUGAACUUUUCUCUAUGGUACCUGAUGAACUUUUCUCUAUGGUACCUGAUGAACUUUUCUCUAUGGUACCUGAUGAACUUUUCUCUAUGGUACCUGAUGAACUUUUCUCUAUGGUACCUGAUGAACUUUUCUCUAUGGUACCUGAUGAACUUUUCUCUAUGCUCUUUUACUUUCUCUUCUGUCUGUUUUUGAACAUUUCUCUGGCGGAGCCUUUCUUUUCUUGUACAUGGCAGACAGGCAAGCAGGCAGCCACAAACCUCCCCACCCACAGACACCCGCCCACUCCUCUGCUGUUUGUGCAAGCCCUCUUUAUGUUCAUCUUCAUUGGCAAAUGGUAG